AUGAUCUACUACAGUGGGAGAACCAAAAGAAUCGGAAAUGUGGAUGAAGGUGACACAGUAACAGAUUAUUUGCCUUCUGAGAGAGAAAGAGGAAUAACUAUUCAACUGGCGGCAAUUACCCUUCCAUGGAACCAACACAAAAUCAAUAUUAUUGACACCCCAGGACAUGCUGAUUUCACAUUUGAAGUCAUUAGAUCUUUGAGAGUACUAGAUGGGGCAGUUACUAUUCUAGAUGCAGUGGCUGGAGUAGAGGCACAGACAGAAAAAGUUUGGAAGCAAGCAAGCGCAUUAAACUUGCCAAAGGUUGUAUACGUCAACAAGAUGGAUCGCCCUGGUGCCGGUUUCAGCAGGACUGUGCAAGAAGUCAUUCAGAAAUUAGAAACAAGAGUUGUACUUUGUAACCUACCAUACUUUGAAACAAACAAAGAGAGUGAUUUGGAAUUCAAAGGGGUGAUUGAUGUGAUACAUCAAAAAUUGUUGAAAUGGAAUGAAACGGAUGCCAAUGGCAACGAAAUAUCAGUAGUAAAUAUUGAUGAAACAACACCAGAUUUGUUACAGAUUUUAGAAAAAUCCCGAGAAUCUAUGGUGGAGACACUUGGCGAGUAUGACGAAAGAAUUAUUGAUUCGUUUUUAGAGCAUGAUGAGAACUAUUUAAAGAUACCACCCAUGUUGUUGGACCAAGUGAUCAGAAAGGCCACGAUUGACAAUUAUUUGACGCCAGUUUUUUGUGGUGCAUCAUUCAGAAAUAUAGGUGUUCAGCCGCUAAUGGACGGAAUCACAAAAUACUUGCCAUCUCCAUUGGAAACAAGUUUACCACAGAUAACCAAGAACGGCAAAGACGUGACAAAGAAAGUUGAUGGUGAAAAGGGCCUCGUGGUUGCAAAUGAUAACAACUUGACUCUUGCAUUGGCAUUCAAAGUGAUGACACAUUCUACUCGUGGCCCAAUGACAUUUGUAAGAGUAUACAGUGGCAAACUUAACGCAGCAUCAAACUUGAUAAAUACAAGAACAGGCAAAAAGCUACUUAUAAGAAAGCUAUUGGUUAUGCAUGGGGACAGUCCAGAAGAAGUGAAGAGUAUUAGUGCUGGUAACAUAGGUGUCAUUCCCGGUUACGAGACUGAUUUUCAAACCGGAGACACUCUUGUGUCUAGUGCAGUGGCAAAACGGAACUUUACGGCAAAAGAUUCGGCUUAUAGGUUGUUGCCCAUCGAUAUCCCACCUCCUUUAUUUAAUGCUGCCAUUGAACCUCAUACGGCUGGAGAUGAGGCAUACAUGAAACAAUGUGUUGAAACACUCAUUCGUGAGGAUCCUUCAUUGAAAGUUCAUUUGGAUAAAGAGAUGGGACAAGUAGUGUUAAGUGGAAUGGGUGAAUUGCAUUUGGAUAUUGUCAGGGAAAGAUUGGUUAACGACAUGAAGGCAAAAGUAAACUUGAAGGAUGUCGUUGUAUCGUACAAAGAAUCAUUUGUUGGGAAAAGAGAAAAGGAGGCUGUUAUCACUAAUGAAGAAAUUGAAGUGGCCGUGACUUUAUCACAUAUUGAGGAUGCUAGAGAUUAUGUUGGCCAAGAAGGUGCAUUAGUGAUUGAAGAAGACAACAAUGUCAUACUAUUGAGUGAGACUGCGCUGUCCGAACACGUACGAGCCACUAUUGAUGAAAGAAGGUGGAAGUGUGAGAAUAAUCUAGAAGAAUUAAAGGAAGCCAUUUUAAAUGGUUGUUUGACAGCUCUUCAAAUGGGAGGUCCUAUUUUGGGUUUCCCAUUGCAUUCAACAUUGGUUACUGUAAACCGCUGGAAUGUACCUGUGGAGGUAGCUCAAGAACAAGCUUUGAAUUUGAUGAAUGCUUCGCGUCAAGCAGUUCAGUCUCUCAAAGAUGAAAAAAAAGACUUUUCUAUACUUGAGCCUAUAAUGAGCACAAAAGUGUAUGUGGAUUCCAAUGACUUAGGUGAAGUGUCACAUGAUUUGACUCAAAGGUGUAAAGCCAUGAUUGUUGAAAUACAGGACCAGUCCACUCAAAACUUGGAAACUGCUGCGUGGGCCAAAGAUGAAGCGGCAAAAGUAUAUGUACCACCGGAUUAUACUAUAAAGAAAAAUGUCAGCAAGUUUGACGAUAUUGCCAAUAAGAAGAUUAUUGUUGCUGAAACUCCGUUGAGAGAAAUGAUCGGUUAUUUAUCCAAGUUAAGAGCAUUGACACGAGGUAGAGCAACAUUUGAUAUGACUUUAAUUGGAAUGAGACGUGCAGUGGGCAAUAGAGUGGACUCCAUUGUUGAAGAAUAUAAAUUUUAA